AUGCCUGGCUUUGCGGUCGUGAACCAUUGCAUGGGCAGCGCCAGCAACGAUGACACCCGCGUGACCCAGCUCCUUCCGCGACUCCAAGAGGUCGUUAACUUUGAGAGUGGAGAGUGUAUUUGCUUGCGAUGUAAAUCUUGCUCCGGCUUCGGUGGCAAGAUGGCCUACGAAGCGGUUGACCUCUUCAACGGAGUUUGGGAGGUCUCGGAUGCCGUGAAGCUCCGCAAGCCUUCUGACACGAUGGAGUUGCUCAGCAAGAUCCCCCUGCGCGCCACCGGCUUCUGA